AUGAAUAUAUUGUUGAUUAUGGAUCAGUCCUCUUCGACAAAAGGAGGAUUUGAUGCUGCUCGCGAUUUUAUUGUCAAGGUGGCGCCUUCAGCCAUGAUUGGACCUGAUCAGCAUCGGAUUGCCCUUAUCAUUUUCUCUGGCCGCACUAUAACCCUACCCUGGAAUUUCGCCAAAUCCAAUGAAGAGUUGAUUACACGUUUGAAGACCGUUAGGAAUAAUGGUGGUAUUACGAGGAUCGGAAAGGCACUUGAACAGGCGAUCACAAUGAUGGAGAAGAGAGAUACAAAAUUGCCGACUUUCAUCCUAAUGGUGACAGAUGGAUGCGAGCUGGACUUGGUACUGGUCGUUGAUCUCUCUGCUACAACCCUAGCGAUCUAUGACUUUUACAAGGAACAAGCGAAGGCUUUAGUCGAUAAGUUGUACAUAAGUCCUCGACAUACGAGAGUGGCUGCUGUCUCGUUUGCCUCGGUGGGGAAGACGCAGACCGAGUUCAGCUUGCGGCGCUACGACACAGGAGAUGGGAUAAUGGAAGGAUGGCUUUUAGGGGAAGGGAUUAUGAUGGCGAUGAAUCAAUCGGUGGAACGGGAGGGGGCAAGGCCGGAAUUUGCGACAAAGGCAAUGGUAGUUUUUACUGAUGGUUGGAACAAUAAAGGUCCUGAUCCUCUAGAAGCCGCCAAACAAGCGAAAGACGCAGGCUGGGAAAUGUAUGUUGUAGUGAAAAGGGAAGUCGUAGAGCAUGAAUCACCGGAGCCACUCGACGAAAUAAUACAGCAGAUAGCCGACGAUGAGGCGCAUAUUUUUGAUGAGUCUAGCAUCUCCAAAAUGUUUGACCAAAUCUCGAAAAGGAGUGAACCAUGCAGAAAAUCCAAAGAUGGUGUUGCGCCAAAUGCUAAAGCCCUAUUCGCCGCAAUCCAGAAAAAUGGCAACACCAAGCAGCCGGCAAAUAACAAGAAAAAGCCGCCGCCCCCGAAACGCCGAGGA